CAUCGCACCGCUCGGAGGAAACAAGGCCUGAUUGUUUUGUCAUUGGUUAGUUUUUGUCAUGUGUGACUUUCAAAGUGUUCUGAUUGGCUGCUUUGUGUCAUAUGUCUUGUGUUCAGCUGUAAAGCCCAGAGGAACUUGAACUCCGCCUUCGCCAUCAUAAUGGGACUGAACACGGCCUCUGUCAGCCGGCUCAACCAGACCUGGGAGAAAUGUCCAGGAAAGUUUAAGAAGCUGUUCUCUGAGCUGGAGCUCAUAACGGACCCCUCCCUCAACCACAAGGCCUACAGAGAAGCCUUCAAGAGAAUGAAGCCCCCAAAGAUCCCCUUCAUGCCCCUCUUGUUGAAAGAUAUCACCUUUAUCCACGAGGGAAACAAGACAUUUCAUGACAACCUUGUCAACUUUGAGAAGCUGCACAUGAUAGCCGACACGGUGCGUCUCAUUCGCCACUGCCAAAGUGACCAACCAGGGAACGAGGUAACCGGGGGCGACAGUGCAGAGUUGCGAGCGUGCGUCCACUGCCUGCACAUCAUUGACAAUCAGCAGACUCUCUUUGAGCUCUCACACAAGCUGGAGCCACGCGCCUGAACAGAGACGCACUAUCAAAGCACACACACACACACGCACGCGCACGCGCGCGCGCACACACACACACACACACACACACAGUAAACAAACACGCCCACCGAUACACACUAUUCUUUUGGACCCGUUUGACUGACGCACGGGUCCAGCCCCGCGGGUCCCGGGGUUGGAGGGGUUCCCGGGGUUGGAGGGGGUCCCGAAGGUGCCAUAAGGCGCUCCAGCCCGACCUUUGCCCUGCAUUGGCUCUCAGCUAGAACCCUCCCCCUCGGGGUACACUUCAUAACAGAGGGACCCCCCCCCGCUCAAGGCACCGCCCUAUGAACCCACACCCAGCCCGGAGCUCUGCUGGGGGGGGAAGGACCGGGGGGAGGAGCAGGCGGCUGUUGUAACUCGUUUGUACGAUAUCUGUUUGACUGAAUCUUUGUGCUGAUUGGUGCCGUGGAAAAGAGCGGUGGGUAUUCAUGAGGCUGGUCCACUGGUGGGAUGGUUCCUUAAGGAUGUGUUUUGUAUGUCUCAUUCUCGGAAGCCUCUCUGAGCACCUGAAGAGGCUUGAAUCAUUUCAGAUUGUAAAGAGCAGGAUUGGUCCUAAAGCACCAUUUUUAGUUGUUUUCUUCUGCCUAACUGAUAUUCUAUCACAUCCUCUCUUCUUUUGAGGCUGGAUACGUGCAUAAAACCAUGUCCAUAUUACAAUGAAAACACCUGUCUUGUUGUGUAUGUAUUUUUGUAUUGAUUGAUUUCGCACUCUUUUUGUUUGAUGCUUGUUUGGUAGUACAACAGCGUCAGCGGCCAGGAGCAGAAGAAAACAUUAAUGUUAAGGCUUGUAAAUGGAGCAAUUGUGUCACGCUUCCGUCCGCCUGUUUUUAAAGUUUUGAGAACGAGAUAAAGAACCGAGUGCUUUACGUGCCGCGGUCCAGCCGUGGACGUUUAUAUUUUUUUUCUAUAAAUUAACUUUCUUCGUCAACUGAUCUAUUUAAAACAAAAACAAAGUGACUGAUCCUGUUUGACUUUGUAUUUUAGUAGCUCUACGUGUCUCUGUGCCAAAAGUCCACCUUGAAGUGGGGUAGAAUAUGCAGUAUGGUUAUAAUUGUGCAACAAAUCACAGCGGCAAAGCUCCUUGGCUCGUACGGAGAUCUCUGCCUUUAUGGUCUUAUUUAUUAUUAUUUGUCUUCCGUUUUUUUCUUAUUCUCCAUUGAAUCCUUCCUGUAGUAACGUGCAGCCCUAUGGCGACGUGGACCGGUGCGCUCCUGAGUUCACUCGCUCAACGCUUCACACAACGCCCUCAUGACUGAUGUCACUUCAUGUCGGAUGCUUGGUACCCCAUUAUUCUCCUGUGGUUGCUACGGAUACACAGGGCCCACCCAUUGUGUAUCAUUGUGCUUUAUUUCUCUUCCUUUCGCUAUCUUUUAUUUAAAUGCUCAAUAGGUGUUGUGUUUAUGAUCCAAGCCAAAGCUGAGGUUUCUUUGCUGGACCGGUCGAACUUGGUAUACUAAACGGAUAGUGAAAUCGUAAUUGUUAAACUGAUUAGUAAGCAGUUUAUAACAUUGCUGAAUUACUGACUGAAAAAAAUAUGUGUUUUGUUCACAAAUAUUUCUGUGUACAUGUGUAAAUGAUGCAGAAAACAAAUAGUGUGUUUUGACUAAAUAACACUCCCACUCUACGGUUUAUGUGUGUAACUGUGAUGUCAGUCUGCAUUGCUUCCUCAUCAUUGGGUCUUUUAGUUUCCCGAGGCACAAGGAACAUUUAGUAAGAAUGUGGCUACGUUUAUCUCUGACUAUCAUUUCCACUGGUUGGUUAUUUUUAAGAAUCCAUAAAAAGUAUUUUUGGGGCUGCAAAAAGGGUCUAAACCUAAGGUUAACAAUGAUGGACUCAUCUUAACGCUGUUGAUGUUAUUUUCCUAACUGCAGACAUUCCUUAUUGCUACCAAAAGCAUGUUUUGUUUCACUACUGCUCACAGGUUUCUGCUUUCUAUCUACUGGCAAGCCAACCUUACCUAAAGUGCCAUAUGCUUCUUGAAAUACAUUCAAUCCCAGAUCGUUUGUAUUCAAACAUCUGUUUUAAUGUAUAUAUCAGUUGGAGGAAUCGAACAAACCCUUGCAAAUGGCCAGAAACGUCCUUACACUUGUGCUUCAAAACAACACACAGGUCAAUUAAGCAAUCAAGUGGUGAAUUAAGUUACAAGACACAUUUAGGACUACACAUUUCUAAUCGGACAGCAACGGAUAUUUAAUGCCAAACCUUUCCCUUAUUACAACAAUCAUAAAGUUUUGAUUCCUAAUCCUUCAUUGUGGUACCUUUUUUUAUUUUUUGUAAACUAAAGAAAGGUUGUCAACGGACCUGAACCACUCCAAAACAGAAUCCAAAUUGAGUGUCAUGAUGUCAAUUCCAUCAACAUGUAUUGGUCAGCCCUACUCUGAUGGUGAAUAUACAUGUUACACUCUAAAUGAAACUAGGUGAAUGUUGAAGGACAAGGCCCUGUUUAGUCCAGCUGCACCUUUCACAUGUGUUCUACUGAAGUCAGCUCACAUUAUCAGCUCCUGGUUGGCUUCAGAAGGUUGGGAAAUGUUCCAUGUUGUAACAGAAGUAGCCUCUGUAUUGAUUUCUGAUUCGCAUUUGACGUGUCACACAUUUGCUCUCUAGAUCUUAAAUUGCUGCUAGUUAUUUAUUGUGAUGGAAACAUGUAUGUUGCAAACUCUGUUGAUGUGCCAUGUUCAGAAGAUCUUCAGGACAAUUUGGAGUUACAUACGUCAUUGAAACUUAAACAUGUUUUAUGUUUUUUAUUCAUUUACCAAGACCUUUAGAAGGGAAAUAGACUACUGUAUUUGGCCAUUGUCAUGACUGUAUAUUUCAGUUUGUGUACAAGCUCUAAACUUGUUUGCAUGAUAUAAAACACACGUUGCCCCAAAUUCACACAAUGAAAGAGAGGACAAAGUAUUGUUAAUGUGUAGAUAUAUGAUAAUGUUUGGAAUGUUAUUAUUUAUCUGCUGUUGUGAGGAAAAUACACAUUAUAAAAAAGAUUAACAAAAAGCAAUAGGUUUCCCAUGUGCGUCCUCAAAUUUUGGAUAGCUGAAGUAUUUUCUAAAGCAACAAUUUUACUACGUCAAAGAUUUAUUGAAACAGAAUAAAUUACAGCUUUUAUGUGACAUGCUAA